GAUUUGAACAUCAGCUUGGUGGGAUUACGAUUCCUUGUGCUCAGGAUCAAUUUCUGGGUUUAACUUCUCGAUUGAGCCGACCCAUAAGCUGAAAUUGAUCAGAACUGAGAACCCAUUAGCCCAGAAGCUUGAAAAUGGGACUGGAGAUGAUGGGUUCUUUCAUAUCAAGGAUUCUUCUAAUGGCUUUUGGGUAUGUUUAUCCUGCUUAUAAAUGCUUCAAGAUUGUGGAGAGGAGCCGAUUAGAGAUAUUCCAACUUCUGUUUUGGUGCCAUUAUUGGAUCAUAGUUGCUUUGCUUACAGUGUUUGAAAGAGUGGGAGACCCUUUGCUUUCAUGGCUGCCACUGUACGAUGAAGCAAAGUUAGCAUUCUUUAUAUAUCUUUGGCAUCCUAAAACAAAAGGAGCAGCUUGUAUUUUCAGUGUCGUUCUUCGACCAUUCAUAACGAAACAUGAAGCAAAAAUCGAUCAUUACCUGAUUGUACUAAGGCUCAAGACAGCAGACAUUGCAGCCUUGUUUUGGCACAAAACUGCUAGUUGCAGCCAAACAACAUUACUCGACUUGCUGCAUAAUGUUUCGUCGAUGCCCACGGCACAGACUCAUCGUAAUCAGCCAUGGCAGAAUCUCAAGAAGGAUGGAACUGAAUUUGCAGGGAAGGCAACAGAAUCUGUAUCAACUAUGGAAAAUGGAGUUGCUGCAGAUGAUUCCAAGAAGAAGAUAAAUUUUGAUGAACAAUUGCCGAAACCGAAAGGUCGAAAAUGGCGAUUCUUCAACUUGAUUUGUGUCAAGUAAGUUUCGGGCUGCUGUAAUAUUUAACAUAUGAUAUGAAAAGCUUUUAGGAAAGAAUUCAUGGUUGUAGUUCUAUAUGAA